AGAUCACCUUAUCACCCCUCAACAGGCGCGAAAAAGAGUUAUGCUAUCCACAAUAUCUAAGCAAAAACAAACCUCCCCAUACAGAAGCGGAGACACGCGCAUCAACAGCAGCUCGGUGUCCAGUUAUGCGGGAGAACAACGGACAAACUACACGUUUUUGUUCUCGAAAAGGAAUAAACGAUGACCCAUGAUUACUUAAGACGGCUGUUGGCAGUUCACGUUAUACUGUGCACCAUGGCCGGUGCGCACGUAGCCCAGGGAGCACGCGAUUUCGAAAAGAAAGGCCUACAAAAUGCUAGGUUGAUUGAACUAUUGGGCAUCCAAACCAUGCCUCUCACAAUGCUUUGCGACAAGGUGGACACAAGAUAUUUCCUGAUAGAUGGAUAUCCAAGCUAUUUUAUCAGUGUCCAUGCUGCUUCAUGAGGAGCCAGAAAACCCCAAAUGUUUUGCAGAAAGCAGGAAGGAUUUUACUUGCUUCUGGGAGGAGGAUGAGAGGGCCGGCUCUAUCGACCAGUACUCCUUCAUAUACAGAUACCAAAAUGAGCACAACAGUACCUGCCCGCUGAAGGUAUUCCAUCUCACAAAUGGAAGAAAACUGUACGUUUGUCACCUGAACCAAACCCAGCUGUUUGUGCAAAUGGACAUUGAAGUGAACCGUAAUGGAAAGCUCAUCCACAAUCGCACUCUCCUGAUUGAGACAACCUUUUUAUUGGACCCACCUGCAAAUGUGACCGUAUGCAACGGCGCAAAGCCAGGACAGGUCAACGUCAGUUGGAUUCCUCCUCACCUAAAGUACAUGGACGAUAGCAUGAUGUACGAGAUCUUCUACACUCCUAUGGACAGCCACAUCAAGAAGGUGGAGGUGGCCUAUGCUUCUUCACAGCUGGUUCUUAGAGGUCUUCAGCCAGCGACCAAGUACAAGGUCCAAGUGCGUGUGAACCUGGACGGUAUCAGCUACAGCGGCUACUGGAGCUCAUGGAGUGACCCGGUCUUCAUUGAUACGCCCCCUGCAGAUCUUGACCCCCUCAUCAUAUCUCUAAGUGUGAUCAUCUCAUUCAUUUUCCUGGUGCUGUCUCUCACAAUGCUAGUCUCCCAUCGCAGAUAUUUGAUCAAAAAAGUUUGGCCUAUUAUUCCAGCUCCAGAAAACAAGUUCCAGGGCUUAUUUACCAUUUAUGGUGGGGACUUCCAGGAGUGGUUAGGACACACCAAUGGAGAUGUGUGGCAAAGCCCAAACGUGUUCUACCCAGAGGAGUGCCCCUCACCUCUCGAGGUGCUGUCCGAGCUGCCUGUGAACCCCCUGGUGCAGUGCCCUCCUCUGCCCCCUAAAGCCCGCAGGGUGCCUCAGGAGGUGAAGUCAGAAGUGGACAUAAGGCCACCUCUGCAAAGAGAAGAUUCUACUCAGAGUGAGGACUGGACGGGCAAGUCACAUGACCACUGGCUCAUGGAGCGUCUACAAGCGCUCCAGCAGCACCCUGUCCCAUACUCACAGGAGUCCCAGGACACUUACGUCACCCUGAGCCACAACAACAACAGUGAGGACGGGCAAGAUGUUGUCCCAGUGGAAAAUGUACCUCUGGAGGUUCUGUUCACUUCCAGGAAAAAGACAGAAUCUCAUUCGGACUUAGGCUCUGGGUCUGGCCAGCUGUCGUCCCAGUCCAGUUUUGAGUACUCCAACCAGGACUGGGCCCACAAACCCCCUGGAUACACAUAUAUGGCUGUGGCAGACUCCGGGGUAUCCAUGGACUACAGUCCCAUGAACAGACUGGAGGAUAUUGGGAAAGUACCUGUAUUCACUCAUGAGUACAAAAAUGACAUUGCUUUGAGGAGAGCAUUUCUGACCAGGCAACACCACAUUCACGACAACUACUGAGCAUCUAUACUGGCCUUGUUUAGAUCAACUGAUACGGUGCUUGUCAAUUAGGAUAUUUUACUAUACAACAUAGUGACUACACUUGCAACAUACACUAUUAUUAUUUGACAUGCAUCAUCACUAUAUCACUGAUGAAACUGCUUUUUUGUACAGAUUUCGGUAGUGAAGGUUCAUGCUAGUUUCAUCAUGGGACAUUUAAGAGUUUUUAUUAGAUCCAGAUCCAUAAAUCAAACAUUGCUGGCAAUUUUACUGAAUUACUAGUGUGAUAAAUAGUUUGUCACAUAUCAAGAAUAUGAAAUUGCAUUAAACCAAAGUUGGCAUAAUUGUAAUGAGUACUCAUCUUAUUGGCCUCGAGCAAGCAAUGAACUACAUGAUACAUUCUGGAGCAUUUUCUAGGGGUCUUUCUGAUAUACACUGUAAAAAGUAAUAUCUAGGUAAGUGAAAAACCUAAAUUAAGGGCAUUUUACUUUAUUUGACUAGAUUCAACUUUACAAGUACAAUUAUUUACUAAUGGAACAUGUGUUUUUCUUAAUUCAAGCAACACAAGAUUUUGUUUCUCACUGUAAAUGCAAAGAUUUGUUGCUUUUAUUAUCUUCAAUGUAAAAUAUAUAUUUUCUGAUUUUAAGUACAAAAAGUCUUGUUCCAUUGGUAGAUCAUUUUACUAGUCAAGUGAAAUUUAUUCAUAUCAAGAUAAAACAUUCUUAAUUCAAGCAAUGUUAACUUAGCUAGACUGUACUUUUUGAAGUGUACCUUUUGGAACUGCAAAAGUUGCAAUAUCAGCUUUUGUUUCACACUGUAUCAAGUGCACUAUGCUUUUGGUAGAAACAAGGCUUUAGCUGCUCAGUGUUCAGCUUCUAUAAACUAAAACUGUAAAAUAAGAGGUUCAAAGAGAAUAAGCUAGGACUCACACACAGAGUCCACAGGCUGCACAAACAGCAUAUCCUUGUUCAGUACAGAAGGAAACGAGGUUCCUCAAAUGUGGAUUACAUGUAUUGAUUAUAUUUACUUGUGUUAAGAUUUCACAUACAUUGAAUGGACAUUUAAAAAAUUAAAUUAAUUACAUGAUGUGAACCUAAAUCUAACUGUGAAUAAAAACUAUGUGAUUUUUUUUUAA